AUGUUUUCUGGGGAACCGCAACGGGUCGCGAGACUGGACGGGAUUCAGGUCCCCACGCUGCUGAACGUCUCCCUCACACCAGAACAGCUCGAGGCCGUGCAGGUGAUGGUGCGGAUCGAGGAAAUCAACCGGAUGAUCCAGACAGACUCGUUUGUUCCGCCCACAAGAACAAGGUCGCCGUCUCCGCCCCCGGUGUACGACGCGAGCGGAAAAAGAACCAACACGCGCGAGCAGCGCUACCGAAGUCGGUUCGAGGCCGAAAGAGGCCGUUUGAUAGAGAACGCGCUGCGAAACAUCCCCGACUACCGGCCGCCGCCAGACUACCGCAGACAGACCAAGACAAGCGACAAGCUGUACAUCCCUGCACGUGACCACCCCGAGAUCAACUUCAUCGGGCUCCUGAUGGGGCCCAGGGGCCACACGCUGAAGAAGAUCCAGGAAAAAAGCGGCGCAAAGAUCGGGAUCAGGGGCAAAGGGUCGGUGAAGGAAGGUAAAAACACGGCCCUGAUACGACCGGACCAAAAUAAUCUGGACGACGACCUGCACUGUCUCAUCACCGCCGACUCGGAGGAGAAGAUCCAGAAGGCCAUGAAGCUGUGCAGCGAGAUCAUCCAGGGCGCGAUCAGCGCUCCCGAGGGCCAGAACGAGCACAAACGCGACCAGCUCAAGCAGCUUGCUAUUUUGAACGGCACGCUGCGCGCCUCGGACGAGAAGCUGUGUCUGAACUGCGGCGAGAAGGGCCACAAGCGGUACGAGUGUCCGAAUCUCGGGAAACAGAACUUUGCGCAGUCGCUGGUGUGUUCUCGCUGCGGCAACAUUGGCCAUCUGGCACGCGACUGUAAGGCGGACCUGGAGGAGACGGCAAGACACGGCAGAGACCUUGAGAUGAUGAUGCGUGAUCUGGAGGGAGAGGCGGAGGGCUACGUGCAGUCCGAAAUGACACAGAUCGAGUGGUCUGGCGCUGCGCCCACGGCUGCUCCUAAGGCUGACUCCACGGCUGUUUGCUCGCCGCCGCCAGCUAUUGCCGCUCCGCCCGGAAUGAAGCUGGGCACCACGCCGAUGUUUGCUCCGCCGCCGCCAAAGAUGAGUCCGCCGCCCAAAAUGGCGCCUCCGCCAAUGCCCAAACAUCUCAAGCUACCAAUCACGAAAAAGCCCGAUACAGACUAG